CUCUCGUCGAUCAUGCAGUCGUGGCGGCGCGACGAGGCGGCCGCGAGGCGCGAGGCGGAAGAGUUCGAGGCGCUCGCGCGGCGCGCCGCCCUGCCUGCCGCCGCCCUGCCUGCUGGCGCCGCCCGAAGCCGCCGCCGCGGGCGGAGGCGCGGCGGAGGCGCCGGCGGAGGCGGAGGUGCCGGCGUUCCUCCUCCCGAUCUCGACUACGCGCCGUGACCUCCGGUCGAGGUCACAUCGGCGAGCAAACCUCCGCUCUGGGACGCUGCACCGCCGGUGGCUCCUAACUAGCCGCAGCAGCAAGCCUUGUGUACAACUCCAGCUGCACUUCGUCUCCACUCGAUUCGCGCCCCCGUCUCGCCCCUCCUCGUGGGCGUGUGUCCACGCGACCGCUCCGACGUAUUCCGCGCGCUUUCUCUCUCGCCGAGGUGUCCGUGGGGGAAUACUCUUCCAUCUCUCUAGUCAUUACGGCUGGUGCUGUGCACA